GGAGUGUCCUUAAAUUAAUGCAGUUGGAUUAAGCAAUCGACAAAGUUUUUAUACGUACAUCCACUCACCCUCUUCCAGCCAGAGUGCUUCCUGUGUGUGGCUCCUUCUGAAUAUUGUAAUUUCAGUGGUUGAAACUUAAAGAGUCGUGAAUCGUGAUGAGGACAACGAUCAUCAUGUCCAGACUGACUCUCUACGUUUUAUUCGGUGCUACUUUCCUCCCGGGUUUUCUCUCGGACCCUUUCGAUCCACGUACCGCAUAUUCUAUUGGAAAUGGUGUUCCGUCUGAAGUUAAUAAUGAAAUUGUUUCCCAUGAAAUUGUGCCCUUGAAAAUCCGAGAAAAGCGACAAGUGUCUGUCUCAAUCCCACCAUCGUCGUCUCCGCCCCAAGUUUCUGCACCAAGCAAAACCUCUCCCAUUGGGAAGCAGAAUUCAAUAUGGGCUAACAAAACUCGAAACCCGGUAACAACGGGUCAAAGUCAAAGUCCUUCAAGUGGCAGUGAUGGAACAAAUUUGUUGAGAAAUCCGGGCAACAUUUUUACCUCAAAUAACGCCACUGAACAUCAAACCACUAUUUUACCUGCGGUUGAAGAGGAUGAUGCUUUUAUCAACGGAACAUUGGCAGAAAUUCCUUUCUCACCCACAGACUUCAAUAAGGAGAAUUAUACAGAGAAAGAAGACAACUUUUUGUACUACGUCGUCCAGUAUAAACCACCCACAGCCGGUGAAGAUUUUUGGAUUGGAGGCAAUAAAACAAAGCAUGAUAUGCUAUCCCAGGCACAUAGAAGAGCAGCCACACUAAAGCCGAAAUUUGAUUUUCCGUUUUAUGGACACCUUAUUACCAACUUGACCAUUGCUACGGGGGGAUUUAUUUAUUUAGGGGAUCAAGUCCACGCAUGGCUGGCUGCAACACAAUACGUAGCACCAUUGAUGGGAAAUUUCGAAACGCAAACCUCGCCAAACUCAAAUGUUAGCUUUCUCAGCACUAGCGAAUUCUUCGUGGUGGAAUGGUCAGAGGUGAAACUUCAUGAUUCUCCCGAAAUUGGGAAUUUUACCUUCCAAACAACAUUAUAUAAAAAUGGAACCAUCGUAUUUGCAUACAAAAAUGUACCCAUCGCUGUGAACGCAAUUAAUGAUACACAGCAUCCCGUGAAGGUUGGGUUGAGUGAUGCCUACAUCAGGGAUAAAAGUAUUUUAGUUCUCAAGCAAAAGACCAUUUACGAAUACCAUCGUGUGGACUUAAAGGAUAAGGGUUUCCAAAUAGUCAAUGGAUCCGCAAUUAUUUUCCGACUGCAGGAGACAUGUUUAACCUUCACGACAUGCGAAACUUGUACAGCAGAGAACGGCACAGAUUUUGACUGUGCGUGGUGUCCAAAGCUUAACCGUUGUUCUAGCGGAUGGGACCGUCAGCGUCAAGAUUGGAUGCUCAAUAACUGCGACAAAGAAAAUGUUCACGUUCAGCUUCCUAAAUAUUGUCCUGCAGGAGGCUUCACUUUCAAUUACAGUAAUCCCACUACCUCGUCAUCUCGUCACGACGACAUCGACUCAAAUCAUGAUACUCCUAAUUUCCCUGACCAUAGGCAGUUCAAACCAGAAACGUCACAGGUUCAAAAAUCCAAAACUUCAGACUCUGGUGGCACCAGCGCAGGAGGUGUGAUUGCAAUACUGUUUUUUGUCAUUGUGAUUUUUGCCUCAGUUGGCUGGCUGGCGUACGCCUAUUUCUACCCGCAUACCACUUCAGGCCAGCUACUAAUCAGGUAUCGACCAAGCCAAUGGACAAGGGGGGAUCGAAUAAGAUAUAGCGCGGCGUCCAUUCACAUGUGAUAACAUUAGUACUCUUGCAGUGGUAAUGUGACAAACCAACCCCAAGUUUUGUGAAAGUCAAGUCAACUUUUAGAGAUUCUCAUAUUCAGAGCCUUUUCUUACUAUUUUGCAUUACUUAAUCAUGGUCUGAGUCUCGUCAAGAUUAAAAAAUCUUAAUAUUAUUUGUAAAUAUAGAAUCUCAAUAUAAUGUAUCGUAAGCCACUUGAAAUGGGUCAGUCCCAAAACUAAAUAAUGGAUGAUUGACAUAUAUAUAUUUUGUCUUCAAACAUUUAAAUUAACGUUACCAUUAAACUUUAACAUCAUAUAUAUUUAGGCGUACAAAAAAAUUGGUGCAUCCACUAAGUCUUAUAUUCAAUACGUAUGUAUAUGUAGCCGUAGGUUUAUGCAGAAUUAAUAGCUUGUACUAUGAAGCAGAAACAAUAGUUAUUGUGAGUGAGUGAGGGGGCUUUAACAGGAAACAUAGUAUAUCGUGUAGUAUUAAUAAUUUACCAUUUAACUGUAUGACGAUGUAUGUAUGUAUGUACAUAUGUAUUUGUUUUGUGUGGAUAAAAUAGUUUUUAUUCGCCUGAUAUCUCCAUGUGUAUUGUAUGGUUGUAAGUAUCGUUAGAUCUGAUUUGCUGUAAGUAGGACACAAAUUAAAUGUCACCAUCUCACUCACGAAUAUUUUCAUUAUGUUUUAAUAAUAAAUACAUACAUAUGUCAUGUUUCGACUUUAACCUGUACUUUUGAAGUAGUUUGAUUAUCACAAAUAUUUUUAAUGUGGUAAUUCCUCCAGUAAAAUAAUAAUUAAUGAUUAUUGGCAAUUGCACUCAUUGAAUGCUUUUUAUUACAAUUUGUUAACUUGUAUUGUAUUGAUCAAUCUCUGCUGAUAAAAAUGAAUAUGAAUAAAUAAACUGUCCAAAUGCUGA